UCAAAACAGAAUCGACGGCCCUUCGUUCCUGCGAACAAACGAACAGCCCCACGAUCAGCAACGCGGCCUCAAGCAAAGGCACAAAGAGACAAUAAGAUGAUGAAGGCUCUAGCUCUGCCCGACAACUAUCGCGAGGGAAAUCUGCACGAAGCCCCAGCCCCUUCCCUGAUCUCGGCGAUGACGGAAGCUCGCAAAUAUAAAACUGAGAGGAGGAAGAAGAGCUCGAGCAUCGAAUAUGGAUUUCUCAAUCGAGCGGCUGCCUCGACAGGCGUCAUCCCGACGCGCAUGGAGGCCACAAACUCGUUUGAGUAUAUGCUUUCGGAUGACGAUGGCGAAGAUGGGAAAGCCGACGCGUCCAGGGGUCCUGGACCGGCGGAGGUCGAGAUCAAGGCCGGCGAGAAGCGAAGCAGGGAUGCCGCCUUCAAGAAGCACUCGUGCAGCCUCGAUGCUCAAUCGCUGGGCGAAAAGCGAGGCACCCGCGACCGAUCUUGCAGCAUUCCAGCGCACGUGUCGUUCGUCCCCCUGUCGUUGGGAUCGUCCGUGCCCGAGCAGCUGCCGUCUUCAUCUCAGUUGGAGGACGAAGACGAAGACGAGCCCGCACUCAUUCCAUCGACCACCACCAGCACUACCCCGCGUUCGCCACUCGCUGGCAGCCGCACUGUGAGCCGA